AUGGUCAAAAUCUACAAGCCCGGAAAGGUCGCGAUUGUGUUGCAGGGCCGCCAGGCGGGCAAGAAGGUCGUCAUCGUCAAGCAGAACGACGAGGGCACAAAGGAGCGCCCGUACCCGCACGCCAUCGUCGCCGGCAUCGAGCGCUACCCGCGCAAGGUGACCAAGCGUAUGGGCGCCAAGAAGCUCGCGAAGAGGAGCAAGGUCAAGCCUUUCAUCAAGGUCGUCAACUACUCGCACCUGUUCCCCACCCGCUACACCUUUGAGCUCGAGGGCCUCAAGGGCUCCGUCACCGCAGAGACGUUCAAGGAGCCCACGCAGCGGACAGACUCGAAGAAGCAGAUCAAGAAGCACCUCGAGGAGCGCUACACCAGCGGGAAGUCAAAGUGGUUCUUCCAGCCUCUCCGUUUCUGA